AUGCGCGGCCUGAUGCGGGCCUCUGCUUCGAACCCUCUGCUUCGCCCACGCAUCGGGCUUCGCCACUCUUCAAGCGCCACCCCCGCGACCAUCGCCGACACGGGCUUCUGGAAAUCCCUGAUACCAAAGCCGCUGCGCAAGGAGAACCGCAAGGCCAGGGCGCAAGGCAGACCAAAGGAGUGGAACCCGGCGACAUAUUUUAUCGUCAUGUUCCUCUUUAUCGGCUCCAUGUCCAUCCAGAUGAUUACCCUGCGCAAGCAGAUGGACCAGCACACGCGCCAGUCGGCCGUGCGCAUCGGACUGUUGCGCGACGUGGUCGAGAAGAUACGCAAUGGCGAAGAGGUGGAUGUUGAGAAGGUACUGGGCACUGGCGAUGCCCAGAGAGAGGCGGACUGGGAAGAGAUGUUGCAGGCCAUUGAACAAGACGAAGCCAUGCGCAAGCCCCAGAAACAGGAGAAGCCAUCAUCGGAGUCGCGCGAGAUCAAGACCGACCCGCAAGCGGCUACAUCCGAGCCGCAGCCCUCGAAAACGAAGACGGCUAGUCUCGGCAGUUUCUUCUAA